ACCCACAAAUCUUUGUAGCGAUGGAGGCCGUGUAUUCUAAUAACAAAACGCCCAUCUUGUUUCUAAUCAUUUUAGCCACCUCGGCACUAGGCCAAGGUACAAGAGUUGGGUUCUACCGGACCACAUGCCCAAAGGCAGAAAUCAUCGUGCAGUCUGUGGUCCAGUCUUUCGUCAACUCCAACCCCACAAUUGCACCUGGUUUAUUAAGAAUGUUCUUCCAUGAUUGCUUUGUCCGUGGUUGUGAUGCAUCUAUCCUGUUAGACGGUUCUUAUGCUGAAAAAACUGCACCUCCUAAUUCCCGAUUGAGAGGCUUUGAAGUCAUCGAUGCAGCAAAGUCCCAACUCGAAACCAUCUGUCCUGGGGUGGUCUCCUGUGCUGACAUUCUUGCCCUUGCUGCUCGUGAUUCUGUGGUGCAAAAUGGGGGCUUCUGGUGGGAAGUGCGUACAGGUCGCAGAGAUGGAUUAGUUUCACUGAAAUCUGAUGCUACAAAUUUGCCCGGUAGAAAGGACUCCAUUGAAGUUCAAAUUAGAAAGUUCGCUGAAAACGGACUUAACAUUCAAGAUCUAGUAACCCUUACUGGAGGGCAUACGAUUGGAACAGCAGCCUGUGCAUUAUUCUGUUCCAGGUUAUACAAAUUCAAUAACACCAAUGGACCCGAUCCAGCUAUCAACCAAACGUUCCUUCCCCAUCUUAGAAGUCUGUGUCCACAGGGUGGCGAUGGUGCAAAGCGCGUCGACCUAGAUACAGGCAGUGUAUACAAAUUCGACAUUUCAUACUAUGAAAACCUAAAGAACGGGCGGGGAAUACUUCAAUCAGAUUCACAGCUAUGGAGUGACCCACGAGCGCAAAGGUUUGUGGAAUGGUUUCUUGGAGGGGGUAGACAGCAACAAUCAAAAUUCAGUGUCGAGUUCGGGAAAUCAAUGGUGAGGUUGGGUGAUGUUGGGGUGAAGACUGGGGAUAACGGAGAGAUUCGUAGGGUUUGUUACGCAAUUAAUUGAUCAUUGAUGGACGCGCCGAUUAAAUCAACAUGUGUUGUAUAGACAUGUCAUAUGUUCAUUUUAGUAUUUCAUUGAAUUACGAGAACUUCUUUCGUAGGGUUGGAUUUCAUUGCACGUGAACACGCUAUAUAUAGCAUGGAUAUACGAUAAUAACCUUUUGUGCUUUUAUGAAUAAGAGUUGGACCUCCUCCAUCAAGAUACUCGAUGGGGCUAGCUAUUUGACUAUUGGUAAUUAAGCAAUUGUAAUAGAUGGAAAAAGUAAUACUGGAAUUCUGUUUCAGCUAUCCACGAGAUUAAUGACCAUAUUA